GUACUUCUUAUUUAUACUUAUAGUCAGUUUUCAAAAUUUUCUAUUUCGACUACUGAGCCUAACCUAAUUUCCAGUAUAAAACAUGCAAAUUUCGGCAAAAUUGUUAUUAGAAUUUGUAGUUUAAUUCCUAUAAAUUGUAAUUACUCUUCUAAUAUUUUAUCUGUUAAUUAUAAUUAUAUUGACUUUAAUUCAAGUCAAUGCGAAACAACUGUGUCUAUUAUAAAUAAUUAUGUUCCUCAUAUUUGUAAUAAUGGUGGUGAAAGUUAUUACUAUAAUUUUGACUAUCAGAUGGAGAAUAGAAUAGUAAUAACCCCUAACAUCACUGAAGCUUAUUUAGAUGGAUUUAAAAUAGAUAAAGUUUAUCCAUCAUCUUCUAGCUUUAAUUUGGUUUCUAUUAUUCCUUUAUUUAUUGUAAAUGAACAGGCCGCAAUCGUAUAUUAUUCACCUAUAAUCAACAAACGUAUAUUUAGCAAGUAUGUUUACGGUCUUGUGGGAGGAUUGGAAGAAGAAUUCGUUGACUUUAAUGCACAUACUGAUCAUAUAACAAAUUUAUCAGCCCCAAAUACAACAAUGCUUAUAUUAAGACCAGUAUCAAAGGAUAUUUUUUAUCGAGAGGAAUCUUAUUAUGAUCUUGCCUCAAUUUUAUCAAGAAUCGGUGGAUUCUUUAGUUUUUUGUCAGGAAUCUUUAUAUUUUUAUUUGGAGCAACUAAGUUAGCGCCAUGGGGAUUUUUACAAACAUAUGUGUUUAGUUACUUAUGUACAGAAUAUCAAAGAAAACUUUUAAGGAAGCUCAAAAAUAAAUAUGAACCAAUUCUAUUCAUUAGUGGAAGGACCAAAGAUGUUACAUUGGAAGAACGUGUUCAAAAUAUGGAAAAUAUGCUUAAAGAAUAUUAUAUUAAUACUGAUUUUUUGAAUUUAUUA